AUGGACGGUGAAGAUAAUAAAAAUUUUAUGACCGACAAUGUAUUUGCCGGAUGCAUCCCUCUAAAACAUUUAUUCGGAUUUUGUGAAGAUUAUAAAAAAAUAUUACUUAAUUGCAAUCAACAACUGAUUUUAAAUCGCUCGUCUACUGAUUUGGACGCAAUACGUGUUGUGGGUGCCGGAGCCACCGAACACGUUGAGAAAAAUAAAAAAAUUACUAUUGAACUGACUAAGGUGGCGUGGAAGAUGCCUAUAAUCAAAGUCACUGAUAAAGAAAAAUUAAAACUGCUGAAAGUAUUGGAUUCGCGCAAAACCUUGUCAUGUGCGUUCAGAACCUGGGAUCUAUGUGAAUAUCCGGUACUCCCUAGAAAUACUUCACAUUCAUGGACGAUAAAGUCUAGCAGCUUGCUUGAAAAACCUAGAUUUAUUUUGUUUGGAUUACAAACAGAUCGAAAAAAAAAUAUAGAAUUCGACGCUGGACGCUUCGAUCACUGCCAACUAAAAAAUCUUAAGGUACACUUAAAUUCUGAAGUGUUUCCAUAUGAAGACUUUCGAGCCGAUUUUAAAAAAAAAUACCACCAGCUUACUGUAUAA